GACCCGCCGCGCCCGACUCCAGCACCUGCCCGCGGCCGCGGCCACUGGACGCUGGGGCCUGAUUUCCAGGUAACUUCAAGGAACGUUAAUGUGGUGGAAUUUCAGUGACUCAAACAUGGAGGACAGAAGAGCUUGUCCGGAUGUCAGGCCCAGGAAUCCCCAUACCAACUACAGAGGACCUAUUGAUGGUGAUUUACCACCAAGAGCUAGAAAUCUGGCCAAUAACCCACCAGCCCAUGCUUUCAGAGGAGGAGCCAACCAGCUGGGAAGGCAUCCUAGAACCAACAACCAUCCUGUUCCUCACUGGCAAAGAGAAGAGAUGUUUGCGGCCACGGGAAGGAACCCACACCCGAAAAGGAGAAACCAUGGGGGACACGCGAAUGAUGAACCUAGAGGCCCAAGACAUGGUCAGGAGAAUGACACCAGGCAGAGAAAUGGCAAUCAGGAGGGGAGGAACCGCAGACCACCAUGGGCUGAUGAAAACUUCCAACAGCGGCGGACCCCCCAACAGAAGUCUGCAGAACAGCCACAGCAGGUGAAGAAACUGGGCUAUAAGUUUCUAGAAAGUCUUCUGCAUAAAGACCCCUCUGAGGUGGUCAUCACACUUGCCACAAGUUUAGGACUGAAGGAGCUUCUCUCGCAUUCUUAUAUGAAACCCAACUUCCUUGAGCUCAUUUGCCAGGUUCUUCGAAAGGCUUGCAGUUCCAGAAUGGAUCGCCAGAGUGUUCUCCAUGUCCUUGGCAUAUUGAAGAACUCAAGCUUCCUCAGAGUCUGCCUGCCAGCUUAUGUGGUAAGGAUGGCCACUGAAUCCAACCCUGAUGUUCGAAACCAGUAUCCAGAACACAUUAGCAACAUCAUCUCUCUCCUCCAGGACCUUGUAAGUGUCUUCCCUGCCAGCUCUGUGCAGGAAACUUCCAUGCUCAUUUCCCUCCUGCCAGCUUCUCUUAAUGCUUUGAGAGCCUCUGGUGUUGACAUAGAAGAGGAGACUGAGAAGAACUUGGAAAAGGUUCAUACCAUCAUCGAACAUUUGCAGGAAAAGAGGCGAGAGGACACUUUAAGAGUGGACACCUACACUUUAGUACAACCUAAGGCAGAAGACCAUGUUGACAGCUACCGGACCAUGCCCAUUUACCCUACCUACAAUGAGGUGCACUUGGAUGAGAAGCCAUUCCUUCGCCCCAACAUCAUUUCUGGAAAAUACGAGAGCACUGCAGUCUAUCUGGAUACUCACUUCCGAUUACUUCGAGAAGAUUUUGUCAGACCCUUACGAGAAGGCAUUUUGGAACUUCUCCAAAGCUUUGAAGACCAAGGCCUGAGGAAGAAAAAGUUUGAUGAUAUCCGAAUCUACUUUAAUACCAGGAUUAUCACCCCUGUGUGUUCAUCAUCAGGCAUUGUGUAUAAGGUACAGUUUGACACAAAACCACUGAAGUAUGUUCGCUGGCAGAAUUCCAAGCGAUUGCUCUAUGGGUCCUUGGUGUGCAUGUCCAAGGACAACUUUGAGACAUUUCUUUUUGCCACAGUGUCUAACCGGGAGCAGGAGGAUCUUUGCCGGGGAUUUGUCCAGCUCUGCUUCAAUGAACAGAGUCAACAGCUGCUAGCAGAAGUCCAGCCCUCUGACUCUUUCCUCAUGGUGGAGACAACUGCAUACUUUGAGGCCUAUAGGCAUGUCCUCGAAGGACUCCAGGAGAUCCAGGAGGAAGAUGUCCCCUUCCAAAGAAACAUUGUGGAGUGUGACUCUCAUGUGAGGGAACCAAGUUACUUGCUAAUGGGAGGCAGAUAUGAUUUCACUCCCUUAAUAACGAAUCCCUCAGCCACUGGGGAAUCUCUAAGGAAUGCCGAGGGCUUGAGACAUUCCAGAGUUAAUGUCUUAGACCUCAGCCAGUGGCCCUCCAAAGAAGCCCUGAAGCUGGAUGACUCCCAGAUGGAAGCUUUGCAUUUUGCUCUCACAAGGGAACUAGCUAUUAUUCAAGGACCUCCUGGAACAGGCAAAACUUAUGUGGGUCUAAAAAUUGUUCAGGCCCUUCUAACCAACGAUCCUGUUUGGCAAAUUAGCCGCCAGAACUUCCCCAUCUUGGUUGUGUGUUACACUAAUCAUGCUUUGGAUCAGUUUUUGGAAGGUAUCUAUAAGUGCCAGAAGCCCAGCAUCGUGCGCGUAGGCGGAAGGAGCAGCAGUGACAUCCUGAAGCAGUUCACCCUGCGGGAGCUGAGGAACAAGCGGGAAUUCCGCCGAAACCUCCCCAUGCACCUCCGAAGGGCCUACAUGAGUAUCAUGACACAAAUGAAGGAAUCAGAGCAAGAGUUGUGUAAAGGGGCCCAGACCCUGGAGUGCACCAUGCUAGGCAUAGUACAGGAACGACACCUGGAGAAGUACAUUUCCUCCCAGCAUUGGAAAAGCCUGAUUAAUGGGCCGAUACAGGAUAAUGAAUGGGUUUGCUUCCAAAGCUGGAAACAUUCCAUGAUGCUGGAGUGGCUGGGUCUGGGUGUCAUUUCUUUCACCCAAAGUAUUGCUCCAGCUGGACCUGAAAGCAUAGCCCAGGCAGAAGGGGAAGAGGAGGAGGAAGAAGGGGAAGAGGAGGGUUCUCUGAUUGAGAUCGCAGAGGAGGCUGACCUGAUCCAAGCAGACCGGGUGAUUGAGGAGGAAGAGGUGGUGCGGCCCCGGCGGCGGAAGAAGGAAGAGACUGGGGCAGUCCAGGAACUGGCUAAAGGGCUUCUGGCCAUGAGGAUAGAAAACUACGGCCCUGGGACAGCAGCUGGGCAGGAACAAGCCGCAGGAGAGUGGGAGACUCAGCGUAGCCAGAAAAAGAAAAUGAAGAAGAAAGUGAAGGAUGAGCUUCGCAAACUGAACGCCAUGACCGAGGCCAAGGCCAAUGAAAUCCAGGAUGUUUGGCAGCUGGACCUGAAUUCUCGCUGGCAGCUUUAUAGGCUGUGGCUACAGAGGUACCAGGCUGACACCCGCCGAAAGAUCCUCAGCUAUGAGCACCAGUACCACACAUCAGCAGAGAGAAUGGCAGAGCUGAGGCUUCAGGAAGAUCUGCACAUUCUAAAAGAUGCCCAGGUCAUAGGAAUGACGACCACAGGUGCUGCGAAAUAUCGCCAGAUUUUGCAGAAGGUAGAGCCUCGGAUUGUCAUUGUGGAAGAGGCUGCCGAAGUUCUUGAGGCCCACACCAUUGCCACAUUGAGCAAAGCUUGCCAGCAUCUCAUUCUGAUUGGGGACCACCAGCAGCUGCGCCCCAGUGCCAAUGUAUAUGAUCUGGCCAAGAAUUUCAACCUUGAGGUGUCCCUCUUUGAACGGCUGGUGAAAGUAAACAUUCCUUUUGUCCGUCUGAAUUACCAGCACCGCAUGCGCCCUGAAAUUGCCCGGCUAUUGACCCCUCACAUUUACCAGGAUCUGGAGAAUCAUCCCUCUGUUCUCAAAUAUGAGAAGAUUAAGGGGGUUUCUUCCAACCUUUUCUUUGUAGAACACAACUUUCCUGAACAGGAAAUUCAAGAAGGCAAAAGCCACCAGAACCAGCAUGAGGCUCACUUUGUAGUGGAGCUCUGCAAGUACUUCCUGUGCCAGGAAUACCUGCCCUCCCAGAUCACCAUCCUCACCACCUACACUGGGCAGCUGUUCUGUCUCCGCAGACUCAUGCCAGCUAAGACAUUUGCUGGUGUCAAGGUCCAUGUGGUAGACAAAUACCAAGGAGAAGAGAAUGACAUCAUUCUCCUCUCACUAGUGCGGAGCAAUCUGGAAGGCAAGGUGGGUUUUCUCCAGAUACCCAACCGCAUCUGUGUGGCCUUGUCCCGCGCCAAGAAGGGUAUGUACUGCAUUGGAAACAUGCAGAUGCUGGCCAAAGUUCCCUUGUGGAGCAAGAUUAUCCAUACCCUUCGAGAGAACAAUCAAAUUGGCCAAACUCUCCAGCUGUGCUGCCAGAACCACCCUGAUACCUACUCUUUAGUAUCCAAAGCUGCUGACUUCCAAAAAGUGCCCGAAGGAGGCUGUAGCCUACCCUGUGAGUUCCGACUGGGCUGUGGGCACGUCUGCACCCGUGCUUGCCACCCCUAUGACUCCUUGCACAAGGAGUUCCAGUGUAUGAAGCCAUGCCAGAAGGUCAUCUGCCAAGAUGGGCAUCGGUGCCCUCUUAUUUGCUUCCAGGAAUGUCAGCCUUGUCAGGUGAAGGUACCCAAAAUCAUUCUUCGAUGUGGCCAUGAACAAAUGGUCCCUUGUUCCAUGCGUGAAUCAGAAUUCUGCUGCCAAGAGCCUUGCCCCAAGUUUCUGAAAUGUGGGCACAGAUGCAGCAACCCUUGUGGUGAGAUGUGUGUGCGGUUGUGUUCAGAAAUGGUCACCGUGAAACUGAAGUGUGGGCACAAUCAACAAGUGAAGUGCGGUAAUGUGGAAGACAUCAUGUAUGGCCUACCAGUCAAGUGCACCACCAAGUGUGGUGCCGUCUUGGACUGUGGGCAUCCUUGCCCUGGCUCCUGCCACAGCUGCUUUGAAGGGCGCUUUCAUGAGCACUGUCAGCAGCCCUGCAAACGUCUGCUCAUCUGUUCACAUAAGUGCCAGGAGCCAUGCGUCGGCGAGUGCCCGCCCUGCCAGCGGACCUGUCAGAACCGCUGUGUCCACAGCCAAUGCAAGAAGAAAUGUGGGGAACUGUGCAGCCCCUGUGUAGAACCCUGUGUUUGGCGCUGCCAGCAUUACCGGUGCACCAAACUCUGCUCUGAGCCCUGCAACCGACCCCCAUGCCACGUGCCUUGUUCUAAGCCGCUGGCUUGUGGCCACCCUUGCAUUGGUUUGUGUGGGGAGCCAUGCCCUAAGAAGUGCCGUGUCUGCCACCAGGAGGAAGUCACCCAAAUCUUCUUUGGCUUUGAGGAUGAGCCUGAUGCCCGCUUUGUGCAGUUGGAAGACUGCAGCCACAUCUUUGAGGUGCAGGCCCUGGACCGCUACAUGAAUGAGCAGAAGGAUGAUGAAGUUGCCAUCAGGUUGAAAGUCUGCCCUAUCUGCCAGGUGCCCAUCCGCAAAAACCUGAGGUAUGGAACCAGCAUCAAACAGCGGCUGGAAGAGAUUGAAAUAGUUAAACAAAAGAUCCAGGGCUCAGCAGGAGAAAUUGCAACCAGCCGGGAACGUCUUAAGGCCCUACUGGAGGGGAAAAGCCUCCUUUCCCAGCUGCUUCCUGAAGACUUCCUAAUGUUAACAGAGAAACUGGGUCAGAAAAAUCUGUCAGUGAAGGACCUGAGCCUUGUAGAGAAUUACAUCAGCUUCUAUGAUCACUUGGCUGUACUGUAUGAUUUCCUGAAAAAGGUGGAUUUCUCAGAACAAGGGAAAGUGAGGACUCGACUAGACCAGGUCCAUGAGUGGCUAGCCAAGAAGCGUUUGAGCUUUACCAGCCAAGAAUUGAAUGACCUCCAAAGUGAAAUCCAGAGGCUCACAUACCUGGUGAACCUCCUGACCCGCUGCAAGAUGGCGAAGGGGAAAGUGAGUGGUACCAUAGCAGAAGAGAUCUGCAGUGUCCGCAAGCUCCUUGAGAGAACAUGUAAGUUCACCCAGGAAGAUGAAAAGCUUGUGCAAAAAAAAAUGGAAGCUCUGAAAGCCACCCUUCCCUGCUCUGGCCUGGGCAUCUCAGAGAAAGAGCGUGUACAGAUCGUCCAAGCCAUGGGUUUACCUCGUGGCCACUGGUUCAAAUGCCGCAAUGGCCACAUCUAUGUGAUUGGUGAUUGUGGAGGAGCCAUGCAGAGGGGCACAUGUCCUGAAUGUAAGGAAGUGAUUGGAGGCAUGAAUCAUACUCUGGAAAGUAGUAACCAGCUUGCUUCUGAGAUGGAUGGAGCUCAGCAUGCUGCCUGGUCCGAGACAGCCAACAACUUGAUGAACUUUGAAGAGAUCCAGAGGAUGAUGUAGGAAGAUGGCACACCGCUGUCUUUUGCCCUGGCCACUGUGAGGCUGGAGUUAUCUCCCUUAUGAAGGAACUGAAGUUUGUUGUGUGUGUGUGUUUUUUGUUGUUGUGUUUUUCUGGUUAAUCCUCACCUGAUGAUAUUUUUCCAUCAAUUUU